AUGGAUUUACGUACGAUCAUGAAUAGCGACGCGGCCGCCUCGUCCUCGAAGCCGUCCGAACCCGCCUAUCCUCCCCGCGACCAGACUGCGCCGUCGUCGGCCUCGCCCUCUUCCUCUUAUCCUCCCGCAUACCCUCAUGCUUCUCCCGAGCGCUCCUCAUCCUACGGCUCUCUUCAAUCGCCUUAUCAAUAUCAGCCUUCUCAUCCCGCUCCGUAUGGCUCCUCCGCGUCGCGUGACUCGUUUGGCGCGCCCGGCCCCUACAACCAUCUCCCCCAGCAGCAGUCCCCUGUCUACGCGCAGCAGCGUUCGCACUCCAUCCAGUCCGUUACGAACCCUCUCUUUGCCCCCACCUACUCAUCCCAUCUCAGAGACAGCCCUCCUGCGCGUGCUCCUCAACCGUACCCUCCUCAGCAAGCCUCCGCGCAGGCCUCAAUGCCCGUGACCCCUCGAGGCUCUGCUUCUACCGCUGCUGCUGCUGCGCCGUAUCCUCGACAAACGCCCCCGUCCGGUCGCCCCUUGUCGUCAGGUCGGGAUACCUUUUCCCAGCAAGCGUCCAGCCCGUGGGUGGGAACAGAUGCGCCGGCUCGCAUGUCCCCGAGUACGAUCCACCGCCUCUCGCGGCAGGACUCGGGACCCAUGGAAUAUACCCCCCGGCAGUCGUCGGCUUCGCAAGACCGGAGGACUUCCGACGAAAGCGUGAGCCCGAAGACAGCUUAUCCGCCGCAUUCUCGACAGGGAAGUGUGGUCGGCGCAUAUCCAGACCAGGCGGCCGCGUCGCAACCCAUGGCGAUGGAAAAUGGCUUCGCGGCAAGGGAACGCCGGUCCAGCGUACAGAGCUCCAGCGUCGGGCCGUCUGCGACUCACGUUAACAGCUCCCCAUCGACUCGUGCAUCGGUGACACGCGACAGCCUUCUGGUCGAGGAGGCGCGAUCAGCGCCGCAUGCAGCGAAAGACGCGCAACCACGUGUCGCUCCCAUGAGCCCGACCGGUCCCAAGGUGAAGCGACGAAGGUAUAAUGAACCCCCUAUCUACGCUCGACGAUCCGUGCGCACUAAAGGAAGAUGUCCGCCGAUCCCGAACCGACUUCCUCCCAUCCCGAAAUACGCCAGGGACUCGGCUGAGAACCCGUGGAAUCAGCGCCAGCAGUCCGUGUCGAAUCCGGCCCCUACCUCUGCAAUCGACUCGUCGGUCACGGUGAGGGCUGAGACGCCGCCAGUCAACGGUCCUGCCGCCCCAAGUCAGCCCCCGGACUCCCCUAAGGCGACCGGCAGUUUAGGGCCCUGGGAACCGUCGAUUAAAGGCAACAUUCCGUACGAAGAAAUCACGAAAACUGUCUGUGACUUUCUGUACCAACAUGUUGUCUUACGAACGGAUGCCGUUGCAGCCCCCGCAGGGACAUCGGCGGCCGGCCAGGGGGCAAUCAUCGAGGUGGAAGCCAAAAUGGGUCAGCUGAUCGAUAUGGAUCGGAACGAGAGACUUCAUCUGCCAAUCCAGACGGAAGGUGUGAUCAAUAAGACGAAUACGCGCCUACGGACGGCGUUCGAGAGCACUAUGACAGUGGCGCAACAUCGAGCGAUGAACAAUUUCCUGAAUGAAGCCGUGAAACAGUCCAUGCCACAAACGAACCCUAAUCGAAUCCCACUGUCUUACGCACAUAAAAAGGAACGGGACACCUUCUACGAGGUGUCGCCCACUGAACUCCCUCCUGUCAUCCGACAGAACUUGAACCCCCGUCACAAACCCAGAGUACGCGUCACCGUCGACCAGCGAACGGGCGAGGUCCUCGCGAAAAUCGUAAAAUGCAGGAUUGCCGACCUCGACGUGUACAGUCCAUGCACCUGUGUCGAUUGGCGCGUCAGUGUCAAUCUUGAGAUGAGCUACGAAGGCGAUGUAUCCCACCUGCCCGUGCUCGAUGGCAGUCGAGGCGGACGCGGCGGCGACCGUAACAAGGAUCGGAUGAGCUAUCGACAUCUCGCCUAUCAAAUCGAUUUAACGCAAGUUGCCAAAUCAGAGCCCCCGGUCAAAGGUGAAUUUGAACAUGAACUCGAGAUUGAAUGCUCCGCCGCCGAAAUCCGCCGUCAAGGUCAGCUCGCCAUGUCCGGUGAUCCUUCGAAUCAGUACGAGGAGUUGGUAAAGGGCUUCGUGGAUAAUAUCCGCGUGUUGGCAAGAGCAGUUCCUCCAUAA